UGUCUUUCUUCAGCAAGUUGUCUCCUCGCUUCUCUUCUUCGCUUUGGUUAAAAAAAUGGGUGUCAAUUCUAAUAGAGUAGAAGAUUUCUCUAGCCAUGAAACAGCCCUCAGAAUCACCACUGAAGCGGCAAUGCCACCAAUGGUGAUACACAGUGUCUGCCCUCCACCUCAGCAAACCACCCUCCAGAAACUCAAGCAAAGGCUUGGUGAGAUCUUCUUCCCUGAUGAUCCUCUCCACAGAUUCAAGAAUCAAACUUUGUGCAAGAAACUGCUUCUGGGUUUUCAAUUCUUGUUCCCAAUCCUCCAAUGGGGUCCUCAGUAUAGUUUGAGACUCUUCAGGUCUGAUAUCAUCUCUGGUCUCACCAUUGCCAGUCUUGCUAUUCCACAGGGAAUCAGUUAUGCAAAACUCGCAAAUCUGCCACCUAUAGUUGGUUUAUAUUCAAGCUUUGUACCUCCAUUGAUAUACUCUAUCCUUGGAAGUUCUAGACAUCUUGCUGUUGGUCCAGUCUCUAUAGCAUCAUUGGUGAUGGGAUCCAUGCUAAGUGAGGCAGUUUCUCCUACUGAAAAUCAAAUUCUUUAUCUGAAAUUGGCCUUCACUGCUACCUUCUUCGCUGGUGUGUUUCAGGCUUCUCUAGGUCUGCUAAGGUUAGGCUUUGUUAUUGAUUUUCUGUCAAAGGCCACGCUUGUUGGGUUUAUGGCUGGUGCAGCCAUCAUUGUUUCACUGCAACAGCUAAAAGGGUUGCUUGGAAUUGUUCACUUCACUAGCAAGAUGCAGUUUGUUCCGGUAAUGGCCUCUGUUUUCAACCACAGAGAUGAGUGGUCCUGGCAAACCAUUGUUAUCGGGUUCAUAUUCUUAGCGUUUCUAUUGACAACAAGGCAUAUUAGCAUGAAAAGACCAAAGCUUUUCUGGGUGUCAGCAGCAGCACCAUUAACAUCAGUGAUUGUCUCUACCCUUUUAGUUUUCUGCCUCAGGUCAAAGCUUCAUGGCGUCCCAAUUAUUGGUCAUUUGCCUAAAGGCUUGAAUCCACCUUCAGCAAAUAUGCUACAUUUUAAGGGUUCUUAUCUGGCAGUUGCUAUCAAAACCGGCAUUGUAACCGGAAUUCUAUCUCUCACCGAAGGAAUUGCUGUUGGAAGAACAUUUGCUGCGCUAAAGAACUACCAAGUUGAUGGUAACAAAGAAAUGAUGGCUAUUGGUCUCAUGAACAUGGCCGGUUCUUGUUCUUCAUGCUACGUCACAACAGGAUCAUUUUCUCGAUCUGCAGUCAACUACAAUGCUGGGGCACAGACUGCAAUUUCGAACAUAGUAAUGGCUUCAGCAGUACUUGUGACGCUGCUGUUUCUCAUGCCACUCUUCUACUACACUCCAAAUGUAAUCUUGGGAGCCAUCAUCAUAACAGCCGUGAUCGGACUAAUUGAUUAUCAGACUGCAUAUCAAUUAUGGAAAGUUGACAAGCUCGAUUUCUUGGCUUGUUUGUGCUCCUUCUUUGGGGUUCUUUUCAUUUCAGUGCCUUUGGGUCUUGCCAUAGCAGUCGGGGUUUCAGUAUUCAAGAUUCUACUACAUGUCACCAGGCCAAACACUGUAGCUAUGGGAAACAUACCAGGAACUCAUGUAUACCAGAGCCUCACCAGAUAUAGAGAAGCUCUAAGAGUUCCUUCAUUUCUCAUACUCGCCGUUGAGUCUCCCAUGUACUUCGCAAAUUCUACUUACCUCCAAGAAAGGAUACUAAGAUGGGUUCGUGAAGAAGAAGAUAGGAUAAAAUCAAACAAUGGAAGUACACUUAAAUGCAUAAUUUUAGACAUGACAGCUGUUACGGCCAUAGACACGAGCGGUAUUGAGCUAGUGUGUGAACUCAGAAAGAUGCUGGAGAAAAGAUCUCUUCAGCUUGUAUUGGCAAAUCCUGUUGGAAGUGUGAUGGAAAAGCUACAGAAAUCUGAAGUAUUAGAGUCCUUUGGAUUAAAUGGACUCUAUCUUACAGUUGGAGAAGCCGUGGCCGACAUUUCGUCCUUAUGGAAAUCUCAGCCAUGAGAUUCUGGAGGUUAGGAGAAAUUUGAAAACAUGAGUUGACUGUUUCAGAUUAUGGCAGAUUAGAUAGGAAGAGGGUGUAGUUAUGAGAGAAACUUCUAGGCAAUGGGGAAUGUUGCCUUGUUUCUUUUUUGAAGAGAGAAUAGAUGAAAAGUAUGCUCUUUAAAGAAGAGAUUUUGAAGUUCUUAGGUCCCAACAAAGUUAUUGAAUUUGAUUUUACUGCUGAUUUCAUGCAUGUUUUGUUGAAUAGAAGAAAUAUGUUGGAGGUA